AUGGCCACUCCGGCAUCUGCCCCGGUCGACAUCUCGACCAUCGAAGCCGCCAAGGAGAACAUCCUCCCCCUCGCGUCCGGUCGAUCCGCGUCCCAGCUCGCGUCGCUUUCCUCCUCCACUCGAUCAGGUCUCGGUUCCAAACUCGCCCAAGAACACCACAAAUUCGAUGCCCAGAUCGCCGCGAUCGAUUACUAUGAAAACACGGGCGAAUGGCCACCACCCCCUCCUUCCUCCUCCUCUCCCACCUCGUCAGUCAACUCGACACCGCCAAUCGACUCGUUAAAGUUGAGCUUGGAGGAAGUCGAACGCAUGGCCGAAGACCCUCUGGACGUGCACCACCAAUACGCCCGUUUCGUCAUCUCCAACUACCCCGCCGGAGCGAGCGCAGCGAACAAACUCGUACCGCUGCUUGAAAAAUCAACGCGUCGGUUCCUCCAAGACGAGAGGUACCGCAACGAUCCGAGGUAUUUGAGGUUGUGGAAUUUGUACGCCAAGCAUAUCGAUUGUCCGGAGGAUUGUUACAAGUUCUUGUUCGCAAAAGGCGUCGGGGAGAGGUUGGCGAUGUUGUAUGAAGAGUAUGCGGCUGUUUUGGAGCAGGCGGGAAGGUGAGCGACGCGUAUGUCGGUCUCAACGCAGAGACGAGCGAGCAGGGCGCGCUGACCGAGCCUUUUCACUUUCACAGACGGACCCAAGCCGACCAAGUCUACUCGCUCGGCAUCAAUCGCUCCGCAGCACCCUUGGACCGACUCAAGAAACGCUACACCGAAUUCACAGCGCGGAUGCUCAUCGCACCCCCUGUGGCAUCCCCACCCCGAGCCAAUCCAUCCACCUCCACCGAUCCUACCAUCAACCCUCAUGCAAGACCUGCUCUUUCGGGUCGAGGGUUCACAGCAGGAGCGAAAGAGAACCAGUCCGCUUCGUCCACAAACGGCGCUUCCGCAUUCGCCAUCUUCAGGGAUACGACUCCUUCGUCAUCUACAUUGGAAAACCCCGGUGGAAGUGAAUGGAAGGAUCUCGGGACGGUGGCAAGUCGGAAGAGGGAAAAUGAGAUGGAAGCCAAGGGUUGGAAGGGGGAGACGAUGCCGAUGGGGUUGGAGAAGGCGCAGACGGUGGCGCCGAUGAAGUUGACUGUUUUCAGGGAUGCGGUGAGUGGUUGCGAUUUUUGACGACAUCGUGGGGCGGUGACUGACUCGUCGCAACCUCGUGACCGUAUUUUUUAGGACGCUCCCGCAACUUUGACUUCACACUUGCACGACCCAACGAUCGACGUCUUUGGUCGCUCUAUGCGAGGCCCAAGCGAAGCCGAACAAUUGCGCAAGAACCCGUUCAAGAACUACUCCUCCGCCGACUCGCACCUGUCGACCAUUGAUCCCCUCGAUGGACUCGUCGUCAUCGCUCCUCCUAAACCUAAAGUCAAGGCUUCCUCCAUCUCUGGUGGCUCGGGAACGAGUUCGACCAAAGUCGCUGCUUCCUCCACCGCUUCGGCUCCGAAUACGAGUGCUGUGCCGUCCUCGAGCAAGUCGACCAAAGGAAAGAAGGAACCCGCUCCCAAACCAACGAGUGAAAAAGUUGCUUGUGACUUGCGGGCCAUUUACCCCGAUUCUAAAUCCGAGUUCAGUUUCGAGGAGUUGAUGAUGAAGAAGAGGGGUGGAAAGGUCAUGAGUUGGAUAGGUUGGGAGUGGACGGAGGCUUGGAGUGAGGAGAUGAUGAGGAGGGGGAAUAAGUCAUUUGAGAGGGAUCUGGGGACGGGAUAUCCGAGGUUGUAUGAUCUCAAGACGCAGGGUACGUAGAUCACGGUCGUUCACUGGUCGAUUUUUGCAGAGCUGACGUGAGAUAGUGAGACCGAACAGCUCCUCUGUACGACUUCCUCCCUCGACCCGUUGAAGCGACCGUCGUCAGCCCCGUUCAAUCGCCUGCGCGCCUCCCUUCGAGUGAUAGCACGCUGCAACUCUCGACCAUCACCCUCGCCGAUGUACCUUCGACGCAAAGCGAACCCGUACGACUCGUCUCGUCCAUUUCGCUCUCCCCUCCCGUCUCUCGACAGGUCGUCACCUCUUCACCGAUCUCUGUACCUCUGCGAGACUCGUCCUCGACGCCUGAUCGAUCAGACUCUUCUUCACCCGUCGAUACGAGGCGUCAACCUUCACCUACCAUCAACACGCGUGAAGCCCAAGCGAUGAUCGAUGGCCUUUUCGCGAAAACCCUCAACUUCAAUGACCGAGCCCAACCUCGUACGAACGAAGGUUCCGACUCGGGUUCGGAUUCCGAACCUUCUACCGAAGACUCGGACGUCGAGAAUGACCGCGCCGCUUGGGCCGAUCUCCCCGUUUCUCAACUCGACCUCGCCAUGUCCCAAUUCACUUCUCAAGGAGCGACCUCGCAAUCGUCCACGGCGAGCGAAAUGGACGCACCUUUCGUACCUUUCUCGCAAACGGCUAGUCAGAUGCAGGAUAGCUUGUUUGGGCCGAGUCAGUUCUCUCAAUUGGAGGAAUUGAGAGAGGAGUCAGAGUCGAGUGAACGAGGAACUUCGUUGGGUUUGAUGGGGUAUGGUGCAGGGGAUGAGAACGAAGGGAUCGUGGUGGCCAAACCGAGGCCGAUGCAAUUGUUCCGAGAUGCUUUACCGACCCAUCAAGCAGGAUUGAACGAUCGACCUAUUCCUACUCCUAUGACUCUCAAACCUUCUCGAGCACCUUUCGGAGAAAAGUCGGCGUUGACGUUUGCGAUUCAUAAGGACGAACAACCUCAAGGCGUUUUCGCGGCGCACGAUAAUGGAGCUAUCCCUUCUUCCCAACCGGACGAAAGGGUCGAUGAAUCAUUUGAGGAGUUCGAAGCCCCUCUUGCACAUGGUUUCGAUACGGACGACGAAGGAAAGAUUGGUUCCGAUCGUAUCGGAGUUUCGUUGGGUCGUCGACCUGCUGGUGUACCCAAUCGUUAUGCACCCUUCAUUCACGCGAUGACGCCGAUCACGGAACGCACGGGCGAGUACACGGCUUUCAGUUCGUUGUCGACGAGUCAAAGGUCGAGGAGGGAUUCGGCGUUCCCUGCUACGGUUGAAGAGGACGAGGAUGAGACCGAUUCGGAACCUAGUACUGAGGAUGACGAGGAAGAAGAGGAGGAAGGUGAAGUGGCGAACCAGGCUUUCGACGGGUUCUUGGGUGGUGUGGCACAGCGUGAGGAGGAGGAUGACUCGACUUCGAAUAGCAGUCGAACGAGUUCGUCGGUGGACGAGGAAGAGCAACUGGCGCCUUCGAGACAGGUGUCGAUCGCUCCUUCACUCUUUGAGGUUCCUGUCGAGGCACCGCAGCCGCAGGAGUGGCGUCGACCGUCGUUGGUUGGGAAGGAAACGGAUCUACCCAAGACGAGCAGUGGUCGCCCCUCGACGGAAAACUCGUACGAUGCGUCGGUCAAUACUUCGCUACCUGAGGGAUUGACCAUCACGGGCAAUCAGACUGGCAUGACGUCUGGGAUGGUUGUUGAUCCGACGACUCGCUCGUCCCUCGUCUCGACCUCAUCACUCGAUCCGAUUGACCCCUGGUCCGACGCCGCGAUCGCCCAAGCCGUUGCCGCAGCUGACCCUCCCAUCCUCUCGCACCCCAACGUCCGUGAUCGAACAACGCUCUCGAUCAACAACCUCCCGCAACUCCAAAAAGCGGCCAAGAAGCGCGAAGGGAAGAACAAAUCCAAAGACCGUACCGGCACUUUCGACGAAGUAUGGGAAUUCCGUCUCGACGACCAAACCUACCCCGUCCGAGCCAAACUAGGUGAAGGCGCUUUUGGGUCCGUCUUUCGAGCUGCGAUGCCCACCGCUUCAGAUGAUGAUCCGGACGCUUCGUUCGAUUACGAUGCGGAGGAGACGACUGUGGCGGUCAAGAUUGAACGGCCGACGAAUUUGUGGGAGUUCCAUAUUCUCGAUCGAUUACAUUCGCGUUUGGACGAAAGGGUCAGGAGGAGUGUCGUCGCUGCGAGUCGAUUGGACGCUUAUGCCGAUGAAUCGUACCUCUUCCUCCACGUGUGCACGCAAGGCUCCUUGCUCGAUGCAGUCAACAACGCCAAUGAAUUGGGCAUCGCACCCGCGACAGGAGGUGCCGCACAAGGAGUGGACGAGAUCCUAGCCAUGUUCUUCGUCGUCGAAUUGCUGCGCACACUCGAAGGCUUCCAUCGAGCAGGUUUCGUGCAUGGUGAUCUCAAGAUCGACAACUGUCUCGUUCGCCUCGAAGACGUUCCCAACCCCGCUCGCAACUGGUCCUCGCGCUACGACCGAACAGGUGCAGGAGCAUGGGACGCCAAAGGUCUCAAAUUGAUCGAUUUCGGACGCACGCUCGACCUUUCCACCUACCCCGAGACACAGACGUUCAUAUGUUCUUUCCAAGCCGAUCAAGGGGAUUGUUUGGAGAUGAGGGAACGAGAGGCAUGGACGUUCGAACCGGAUUAUUUCGGAGCGGCGGGUAUCGCUUUCACUUUGUUGUUCGGCAAACCGAUCGAAACGCGUUUGGUCGGCGAGGAGGGUACGAAACGACAAGUCAUUGAACAACCUUUUAGGAGGUAUCACCAAGCCGACUUGUGGACGCAGAUGUUUGAGGCGUUGUUGAACCCUCGUUCGGUGAAAGGGAUGGAGGGCAAGUUACCUAUCACGGAAGAGGUGGGCAGGGUUAGGGGACUGAUGGAGGAUUGGUUGGAGGUGAAUUCGGAGAAGAAUGGCAAGAGCUUGAAGAAGAUGAUCAAGGAUAUGUGAGCACUGCCGGUCAAGCUUGAUCGGGUCUGAUUGCUUGUCGGGGCACUGACUGGGCUUGCCUUCUUGCGUCUGCUUUUUCUUCUCACCAGAAUGAAAGCCUCGCUUCAAUGA